UAGUAAGUACUGAUAGUACUACACCUCCCAGUACUUUCACUGCCGGUCUCAAAUAGCUCAACAAUUUACCAUAGCGCAAGUUGUUCCAUCCAACCUCUUUUUCCACAGCCCCAGUACAAUGGAGACCCAGGUAAGUCACAGUCUACUAAGCUAUAUAAGCAUACUAUAAGGCGUGGAAAGUGUACUCUUGGCAGCUUCAUGGCUUCUUCUGUCCUCUCCUGUUUUUCUUUUCUUCUUCGCUCAUUCACAAUUUGAGUUUCCUACCAAGUCUGACGGAAUCUAGCCUGACCCUAUGCCUGAAGGCUGGACCAAUGACCCUCAUCUCUUGGACACCUACUUCUCGCCUGAAUCUAGAGAGGCCCAGAUGGCCCGAUGCUGCGGCCUUAAAGAUGCUGAACUUGUUCUUAUGGGAACUCCCGAAUCAGGGGAGAUGGAUAUCAUCAUCACAGCUGGAGGCAAGUUCUAUUGGGGGCACUUUAUGAUCGAUUACCUUGGGGAGAUCACGCGGCCUAAGACUUUCCCGGAGAUACUCCAUGUCCUUGGUGUUAAGGGUCUUAGAGGUCUACGCAUGAAGUACCUGGAGCCGGUGUGGACCUACGAAGAGGAGGAGGAGCAGGAGGAGGAGGAGGAGGAGGAGGGAGGGCCCCGUUUGUUUGUCCCUCUUGACCCUGAUGCCCCUUGACCCCCAAUGCUCCUUCCUAAUGAAGCAGUCGAGGACUCUGCGCC